AUGCGAGAAUACUACUGUUACAAGUUUCAAAUUCGCAGUACGGAGAACGUGUUUUUGCUUGGCGGUAGAUUGCUACAGCAAUUUGUUGUAGAUGUCUAUAUAAAGCUUGAGACAUCACGUUUGCAAUUUUGUGAACGAAACCAAAUUAAGAUACGAGCUAAAUUAUAUCAAGGUCUUGUGGAUUGCGUCCAUGCAGGUGAGGUGCGUCCUAGCAGAGUCGGUCAACGUAUUGUAUUGCCUGUGUCAUUCAUUGGAGGGCCUCGCGACAUGCGUCGACGAUUUCUAGAUGCUAUGACUUUAGUGCAAGAUGAUGGCAAACCUGAUUUAUACCUUACGAUGACGUGUAAUCCUCAAUGGCCUGAGAUAUGUGAUAAUUUGAAACCUGGUCAAACCGCACAAGAUCGUCCAGAUCUUGUUUCACGAAUAUUCGUGCUAAAUUAG